AUGACAAAUAAUCACGGUGGAAGUGAGGCCAAAACUUGUGUUUAUGAUGCUGAGGAAGAAAAAAACCAAGUUCCUGUUAGUAAUUAUGAUAAAGUUGAUGCAGCCACAGAAACGAAAGCUGGGUGGUUUAUUAUUCAAGACAGCAAUGAUUCUUCGUGGUCGGGGACGCAUGAUCCAUCAGCAUGUAGUGGUAUUACUGCAUAUUUAGCACAUAAUGCAGGUACUGUGCGAACAUCGACAGAAUCGUUGAGUGAAACAUUUGAAGCUGUAUUAGAAUCCUUACGACGUUCAUUAAAGAAACAUCGAUUGCGUAACACAAUUCUUGGACGAACUAUACUCACUAGAGGGAUUUCUGUGGCUGUCAAAAAAUUCGAUCCAAAUCGUUCUUACAACAAGUUAUCGUUGAAGCGGUUUACUGAUGAGCGGGAUUUUGUGGGACAAAAAUUAAAUACUUUUAUGCGAGUUUCAAAUUUAUACUUAGGACGAAGAUCCGUCAAAGUGUCGGAUUUGAAGUGUUCUAAAUAUUUCUACGAAUCAUAUAUCUUACAUGAAUGCCGAUUAAUGAGUUUACAGAGACCGAAGAAGAAACCUUUACAUGAAUAUUACAAUGAUGAUGACGCAGAAUUGGAAGCGUUGGCCAGAGUUGUUGAUCCCACAGCACCACGCCCAGAAGGUGUAAUGGUUAGUCCUGCACGUGGUGAUCAUGCAUCAGUCUCUACUAGUUUACCUCGUUCAAUUGAUUCGGCACUACGUAAGUAUGGAACAUCGCAGUCAAGAAUGGUAGCAGCUGUAGUGUUAGAUCAUUCUGCUCGCCCAGCUUACUCACUUACUUAUGGCAAGUUUCGUGAUGAUAUAUUAAGCAGUAAAUUAUUAAGCCGUGCUACUAAAGUUGCUCACAUGUUAUUAACGAAACUUGUUCCUGGAUUUGUUGGAAAAGAAAAAGUUUUAUUAUGUAAAAGUGGUGAUCGAGUUGCCUUAGUUUAUCCGAAUACAGAACCUCUUUCAUUUUUGGUAGCUUUUUAUGGAUGUAUUUUGGCUGGAAUUAUUCCUGUACCUGUUGAAGUUCCACUUAGCAAGCGAGAUGCGGGUAUCCAGCAGCUUGGUUUUCUAUUAGGAAGCUGCGGUGUAAAAGUAGCUCUUACUUCGGAUUCCUGUUAUAAGGGCCUACCUAAACGGUCUUCAAGUAGCCAAAAUUAUCCUAAUUCUAAUGCUGCGUCAAUACCAGGAAGUGAAAUCAUCGAUUUUAAAGGAUGGCCACAACUCGUUUGGCUCACAACCGAACAUUUGAGUAAGCCAUCAAGAGAUUGGUCAGUACCACCAAGAGUAACAGAUGAUUCUGUGGCAUACAUCGAGUAUACGACAGAUAAGGAAGGUAGCGUAAAAGGCGUGUGCAUAACUCGUCAAGCCUUGCUUUCACAUUGCAGGCGUGUUUUGUCUUUAACGAUGGCCAUGAAUUAUUCAGAGUCAGAAACAAUGGUAUCAGUUCUUGAUUUCAAGCGCGAGGCUGGGCUCUGGCAUUCUAUUUUAGCGAGUGUAUUUGCCGGUUUACGGGUUGUUUUUGUCCCCUAUUCAUUGAUGAAAAUCAACCCUGCAUCAUGGAUGCUAAUGGUUACAAAAUAUCAAGCAAAAACAGCUUUGGUGAAGUCACGUGACUUACAUUGGGGUUUAUUAGCAACUCGUGAUCAUAAAGAUAUCAACCUAUCAUCUCUUCGUUCAAUUCUCGUGACUGAUGGAGCUAAUCCGUGGUCCUUGUCAUCUUGUGAUCAGUUUGCUUCUGUUUUCCAGUCACGUGGUUUACAUCCUGGUGCAGUUUGUCCUUGUGCUGGUUCUUCCGAAACUGGUACAGUAUCAGUGCGAAGACCAUGCUCUGAUGAAAGCCUACAUAAUUCUGGUCGUGGUGUUUUGUCAAUGUCUGCUUUAAGCUAUUCGGUUGUUCGUGUAGAUCAAGAAAAUUCUUUAACAUCAUUAACUCUGCAGGAUGCCGGUCAGGUUAUUACUGGUGGUGUCGUGGUUGUUAUCAAGCUCUUUGGACCACCACGGUUAUGUUGUGUAGACGAAGUGGGAGAAAUUUGUUUGUAUGCUCACAGCACAGGUUCUGCGUAUUGGGGCCUCGAUGGUUUAUCAAUGAACACUUUUCGAGUAGAACCACUAAACCACAAUGAUAAGCCAUUGGGACCAGUACCGUACGUUCGCAGUGGAUUACUGGGAUUUCUCGCGCCGAAUGGUUUGGUCUUUGUUGUGGGAAAUCGCAAUUCGCAAAUGUAUGUAUCAGGUCGACAGCAUGGUGCCGAUGAUUUGAUUGCAACGGUAUUGGCUGUUGAGCCAAUGAAAUUUAUUUACCGUGGGAGGAUAGCCGUAUUUUCGAUUAAUGUUUUACGUGAUGAACGAAUAUGCAUAGUGGCUGAACAGAAACCGGGUGUGUCAGAAGAAGAUUCGUUCAGUUGGAUGAGUCGUGUACUGCAAGCAGUCGAUAGCAUUCAUCAAGUUGGAAUUUAUUGCUUAGCUCUUGUACCGUCAAAUCAAUUACCCAAAACACCACUUGGUGGUAUUCAUGUGUCUGAAACUCGACAAAGAUUUAUCGACGGCAUUUUACAUCCAACUACGCUUCUCAUGUGCCCUCAUACUUGUGUUAUUAAUUUACCGAAACCUCGUGAACAACAGUGUGAUGUUGGACCAGCAGCUAUGUUUGUCGGUAACAUUGUUCAGGGCGUACGUAUUGCAGCUGCUAGAGGGCGGCAGAUUACUAUGGAUGAUGAUAAAAUAACUAGCUUAGUAGAAGUGUUACGACAACGAUCGCAAACAUCUCCCGACCAUAUUUUAUUCACCUUAAUUAAUUCUCGUGGAACGGAAACAGAAAGUACAACUUGUGCUCAAUUGUUGAAGAAAGCAGAACGCAUUGCUUCAAUGUUAAUUGACAGAGGAAGAUUAAAUUCGGGCGAACAUGUCGCUUUGAUUUUUCCACCUGGAAUUGAUUUAAUUGCAGCCUUCUAUGGGUGUCAGGUAGCAGGUCUGGUCCCCGUUUGUAUACGACCGCCUUUUCCACAUAAUCUUCAGACAACUUUGCCUACUGUGCGAAUGAUUGUAGAUGUUUCGAAAGCAGUUGCCGUGAUCUCAACAUCAUCUCUUAUUAAGCUUCUUAAAUGUAAAGAAGCUUCUUUAAGAGUAGAUGCUAAGGCUUGGCCUACUAUUCUUGAUGUCGACGACGUUUCAUCACUUAGUAAGAGGAGAUGGGAACCUGAAUAUUUUGAUAGAAAGCCAACCGAUGUAUGCUACUUGGAUUUCUCAGUAAGUACUACAGGACAACUAGCUGGUAUUGUCGUUAGUAUUGGGGGUGCCUCAGCAUUAUGUAGAAGUCUCAAAAUAGCUUGUGAAUUGUACCCUUCACGACACAUAACAUUAUGUCUUGAUCCAUAUUGUGGUCUCGGAUUAGCAUUGUGGUGUCUUGCUGGAGUUUAUUCCGGUCAUCAUUCUCUGCUGAUUCCGCCAACUGAAGUUGAACAAAAUUCUGCGCUAUGGUUGACUGCUGUUUCUCAACGAAAAGUUCGUGACACCUUUUGCUCUUAUGGAGUAAUGGAACUGUGUGUUCGAGAAUUGGCUCCUCAAAUUUCACUUCUGAAAGAAAAAGGUGUUUCACUUUCAUGCGUGCGUACGUGUGUUGUAGUUGCUGAAGAACGUCCUCGAGUUGCUUUAUGUACAGCAUUUUCUAAACUAUUUGCACCACUGGGCCUCAAUUCACGUGCUGUCUCCACUUCAUUUGGUUGUCGGGUAAACACAGCCAUUUGUAUGCAAGGAGCAGCAAGUCCCGAUCCAGCAACAGUUUACGUUGAUGCAAGAGCAUUACGUAAUGAUCGUGUUACACUUGUGGAAAAAGGUGCACCUCACAGUAUUGCAUUGAUGGAAAGUGGAAAAUUGCUGCCUGGUGUUGAGGUAGUAAUUGCUAAUCCUGAAACUAGGGGGCAGUGUGCUGAUUCACAUUUGGGUGAAAUUUGGGUAGCAUGUUCUCAUAAUGCAUUUGGUUAUUUCACAUUAUAUGGCGAAGAAGCAUCUUUACACAGUGAUCACUUCAAUGCAAGUUGUAAGCCAACUUCAUUAGGUCAUGAGGAAUUAUAUAACGUAAUGGGAUUGUCAUUAUUUUUCAUGUUGACUACCGGGGAUACUCGAAAACGCUUUGCGCGCACUGGUUAUUUGGGCUUCCUACGACAAACACAAUCCAUAACAGCUGAUGGAGAAUUGCAUGAUGCUGUAUUUGUUGUUGGCGCAUUAGAUGAAGCAUUAAUGCUGCGUGGAAUGAGAUAUCAUCCGGUGGAUAUCGAAGCAACGGUAAUACGGGCACAUCGAAAAAUUUCGGAAUGUGCUGUAUUCACGUGGACACAUCUUUUGGUAGUUGUUGCAGAAACGGAAGGUUCAGAAGCUGAGGCUUUAGAUUUAGUACCAGCCAUAACAUCGAGUGUUCUUGAAGAACAUCAUUUGAUUGUUGGUGUUGUAGUGAUUGUUGAUCCGGGAGUGGUGCCAAUAAACAGCCGAGGAGAAAAGCAACGCAUGCAUUUAAGGGAUGCAUUUUUGAAAGACAUGCUUGAUCCCAUUUAUGUCGCCUAUAAUAUGUAA